CAGCAUCUUGCCGGCCACACAUGAGCACAUGAGCACGCGGACACCACAAAGCACCUCAUGCACGUACUGACUUCUGCCGUCGCAUCGUCACCAAAGCUGCAUCCUGCAUGUCAUUGUAUACUAUCACCCGCAUGAACUCUCGUCUAUCCUGUCACCAAUGGUUUCGCAGCUCUCACUUGCUGCGACAAUUAACCUCAGCUGGCUCUCCAACCUCGACUCGCUAGUGUCCGGUAGAAGGUUUCACGACACAUCGAUAGAAUACCUCAUGAAUUUUCUCCCGACGUGCGCCAUUGUGCUCUAUUACAGUGCUGUAUCCAGCUACUUUCCGAUAUUUCUUCAGCAAUUCUUAGACUUCGUUGCGCUGUCAAAUGUUGUUUGCUCCAUUUAUUUCGUGUGGGAACUGACCAAAACUAUAGCAAGCUAUAUAGCGAAAGAGCUCCGCGUGGAUGUUGCGGUGAUAUCAGGACGGCGGCGCCGUCCACGAGUGACAUUUCUGCUAUUCGGUGCCCCGUUGUUGAUGACGAUUCUGAGUCAUCGCUAUGCUCGGAUCCGCUUGAAUCCUCUCUAUCUCGUAAAUGUUUUCUGGUUCAAGCUCGCAUUUCCCUUUGACGAUAUUGAUGUGGCCAUUUGCAAGUCUGCCACUGCCUUAUUGACAUUUGCGGGGACUUGUGUAUACUGGACCGCUAACCGCAUGUGGCAGAGGAUCAUUAUGGCAUGCGCCUGUGACGAUCAUGAGAGUCCUCCAGCAAGGUGUAGUUCAGCACCGCCGGCGGAUUACGCUUCCCGCCUUCCGAUGGAAUUGCUGGAUAUGAUAGUAUGGCCGUACAUACCAAGCGACGAAAUGCGACAACUGCGACUGUUGAACUCGCGGUGGGCUCAUAUGCUAGGUCCUCGGGUGUUCCGUUCCCUAAAGAUUAGAAACGACCAAGACUUACAUGAUUUUGCGGCAUCGAAAAUGACUCUGCAAUCGUAUGGGCGUAAUAUUCAGCAUUUGAGUUUUGCUGGUGCAUGCUGCAUAACUGAUGAGGUAUUCAAUUCCAUCAUCGAGUACACCCCUAAUAUUGAAUCUUUGAACCUAUCAGGCUGUCUACGACUAUCGGCCGUAGCAUUAACCGUCGAUCUACCGCAAAAGUGCCCUACUCUAGUGGACCUCAAACUAGGCAUGACCGCGGGCUUUCUCGCUCGUUUCGAACGUCGGUCAGCUCGUCGGAUGAGAUUUAGACGAUAUUCCCACGUGUUCGAUCACAAGCCAUCACCCUUUCACGUUUCUUUCCUGUAUUAUGCGAACUUGACAAGCUUAGACCUCUUUGGAAACGAUUUCGCCUUAAAGUCAACCUUACUGGUCGAAGUGGCGGUUGUAUUCGCAAAGACGUUGAAGUCGCUGAGCUUGUCGCACUGCAGGCACGUUGCUGGUUUAAUGAGCAUCGUGGAUCUUUGCGGACAGUUGGAAAAUCUGGAUUUAUCAUUCAGUGAUGUUGAAGCACUGGAGCUGUGUUACGUGUUCAAGAAGCGUUCCAUAUUUCCAAUACGUCAAUUAAAUCUUGCAGGGUGCAGUGCGGCUUCGUUGGCGCUCAGCCUAUAUGAUGUUCACGUCACAGGAUCGAACGCUGGAACAGAUACGGACGGGGCGGUUGGAAUUGAUCCCGGAACUCCUCCACUCCAAGUUUUAGAUUUGAGCGAUACCAAAUUAGACAACAGUCACUUAUUGAUUGUUGCAAUCUAUUUCCCUUAUCUCACAUCAAUAUAUCUACGGGGAAAUUGGAGCUUGACCCACGCAACCGUAGCGAGACUAAUACGACGAUGCAAAGAUUUAUCGCUGCUGGAUGUCACUGACUGCUCCAACGUGGGCAAAUCCAUACUUCUCCCGGAUUUGAGCGACCCUGUGUCCCCUCCUCCUCUUGCUUUUGCUGGAAAGAUUGUGGGUCGACAUCGUGUUCUCCAAGUUCAAGAAUUAGCAGGGGAAAAUCUUGUUCUCGAUCACCUGAAGAUUCUCUGCGGUGUGCUGACAUUGUCCCUCAUAGUAUUAUCUGGGUUUGUGCAUGUUAUUCGGUUUCUAUUGCAAGCAAUUCUGGCAUGGUAGCCAUUAGGAUUUUGAAAUUUAUAUUACUCAUUGUAUGUAUCACUGUAUCUAAAUACAAUUGCUCUCACUCAACGCUGAGCCUAU